AUGUGUUUCGACACAGCAAUUGAUGGGCAACGGUACACUCAACGCAGAUUGGAGUUCGAAAGUAACACAAUAGCACCAUCAAUGCCGAAGAACGUGCCUAUUGAAAGACAUGCCUCGGAGUUAUAUACACAUACGCUGUUUUUGGAGGUGCAAAAAGAGAUAUACAGAGGCAUGACAUUCUGCUAUAUUGCUUCAAAAACCCCAGAACUUGAUGGGGUAAAAAUUUAUACCAUUGUUCAUACUAACAGGCAGUACAAAGAUAUUAAUGAAUUUGAGGUCAGUUUUGAUACACGUGAUAGAUCGGUUUCAUGUUCGUGUAUGGGUUAUACGCGCCUUGGCUAUUUGUGUAGGCAUGCCUUUUGCGUGUAUAGAUACAACCAGGUUGACGAAAUUCCCGUUCAGUAUCAACCUGGUAGAUGGAAACGAGACAUAUUGCCAAGGAGGGUUUUUAGCAUGUCGAACAGGUAUUCUGCUGAUACAGACGCGGAAUCUGUAAUCCGGAAUGAGAUUUUUGAUUUGGUAAUUGAGUGUACUGAUCGUUUAAGGCGUAAUAUUGGUAAACUUUCUGAGUUGUCUGGUGAAAUUAAAGAAAUUAGGAACCGUGUGUUUCGCGAAUUCCCGACCGAACCGGCGUGUAACAAGACAUCAGUUGUGAUCAGUGACCUUCUCAAACAGCCUGAAGAUAUGGAAGUCUCGAUAAAUCCGCCACAAGGCAUCCGGAACAAAGGGUGCGGUACCAACCAUCGACUCAUUGGUCCGGGGGAAAAGGCUGUUGUUAAUAGUGCUAAAACUACUAGGCUGUGUGGAAAAUGCAAGAAAUACGUUAAUGAUCAUGACUCACGUAAUUGUGAAAAAGUUCGGGCUGCCAAAGAAGUCGCGGCUGCUGCUGCAAAAGCUGCUAAAGCUGGUAAUGUUACUGUUCCAGAAGAUUCAUGUCACGUUGGUGUUGUUGAUUUGUCUAACGGUGAUACAUCUGUUGGACCAUCGUCUCGCAUUUGUACUCGGGCCACUAGAAGAUCCACUAGAAGAUCUACCAUACGUUCGUCCGACCCGCUUGAAGAGUGA